AAACUAGGGUCUUCCUCCCCAAAACCCAUGUACUUGCUGCUCCCAGUUUUCCAUUUCCCCUUCACCUGUUUUGCAUGUUAUCUAUUCUAAUUUCUAUCCAUCAUAAAAACCAUGACGACACAUCCAAAACCGCUUCUUAUCCUAACAAGUUAAACAAACAAAACAUCCCCAUGUUCCUUUCUCUUCUUACCAAACUAACUACUGCAGCACAUACACUUAUUUAAACACAGCAAAAACCACUCUCACACAAAACAUCAUUAAAACCCAACAACCUUGAUUUGUCACACACACACUAGUUAAAAAUCCAAAUGAAAUUAAUUGUACUCUUCUUCCUCGUAGCAUCAUCAUCAUCAUAUUCAUACGCUCAAUCCCCUGCAGCACCAGCAGUGGCUCAUGUCCCUUCCACCAGAGCAACGCUUCCCAUGUUACUCGUGAUCUUCCUCUUCGCCCUCCUCUUCACCGCAUUCUGCUCCAUCUUCAUUCGCUACUGCUCCCACGAAGAACAACCCCACGCGCUUCCACAAGCCACGCGCGCCACGCCGCGCGGAGUCGACCCGCGCGUGCUCGCCACGUGUCCCGUCACGUCCUACUACGCAGUCAAAAUGAAGACGCCGCAAAAGGCUGCGUUUCAGUGUGCGGUGUGUUUGGCGGAGUUCGACGACGCCGACGCGCUCCGCUUGCUACCCAAGUGCGGUCACGUGUUCCACGCGCACUGCAUCGACGCGUGGCUCGCGGCGCACGUGACAUGCCCCGUGUGCCGCGGCGAAGUGAGCGUGGAAAUCGAGGGGGAGGCACGUGCGCGCCACGUGUUUGAAGAAAGUUCCGUGAGAGGCUUUGGGGUGCUUCUGAGGUCACAUUCGACGGGUCACUCUUUGGAGAGGUUCACUCUGAGGAUGCCCGAGGAAGUAAUGAAGAAGAUUCUGGAAGAUAGUGAACGCGGGAAUGUGACGAGGAUGAUGAAGCGUUCCGCGAGCUACGACGUCGUUUUGCGGAGCAUGGAAGAAGGGGGUGAAGGUAGUAGUAAUAGUGGUAGUAAUAGUAAAGAGAAGAGUAGUACUAAUAAUAAUAACCGGUGGGUUUUAUCGAUGACGCCUCCCUUUGUUUCUCGCGCCGUUCGGGGAUUCCGAGAGUGUCAAGAGAGAACGGUUUUCCAUUGUGAAGUUUGAUUUGUUGUUAGAGUUUCAUUGCUUGUACAGUGAGGAAAAAAUUGAGUUGUAAAAAGUGUAGUAGGAAAUUUGAGGAUUUAUGACAUUACUCAUUAUUUUGUUUAUGUUAAAAGGGUUUAUAUAAUGAUUGUUUUGAU